UCUGCACCUUCAAAUCGUAAAAGAACGCUACUUUCGGCAACCCUAGUAACGUAAUAAAGACCUUUCCCGGCGAAAUAGCGAGAAACAAGCGUAAAAAUGAUCGAAAUCGAUUUCAAGACGAUAUGUAUACUGUAUUCAGCCCAGGAGGCAAAGAUUGCAUGGGAGUAAAGAGGGAUUCGCAGAUUGUCGCCGUAUUCGACACCGUAGGCAACGGUGCUGUCUUCAACGAGGACGGUGCGACCAGGCUGUCGUACAACCAGAUCGGAGGAAUUUGGAGGGAUAAUCCGACAGGAGUACCGCUGACGUGGAAGUGGGACACCCGCGAAAAGAGAUCGAUAACCAAAAUUGUGUACCUGGAGAAAUCAGCAAUGCACAUAGAGAAGCUUUUAAAUCUAGCAGAGAGGAGAAUAUUAAGAAGUUCCGCAAGUGUCAAAGCAUCGACAUCGCCACCGUCGAGUCCGCGAAAUAAGGAGAAGAAGGUCGAGGAGCUGAAACCUGUUGUUCCAGAGCACGACGACGAAGAAGAAGAGGUCGAGUCCGGGUACGUUGAGGAAAAAAAACAAAUUCGUCCCGACGAUACCUACCACUUCAGACCGAUCCACUUAAACGUGAACCACUAUGUCGGCUUAAAAAUUUUCAAUCGGACAAACAUUAUACUUCGAUUCCUCGCUGACAAGAAGAGUAUAAGAAUACAGUUGGGCACGAUUUUAAAUUUAAACGAGGAAGUAGAAUCUUAUUUCGUGGACACAAGCCUAAAACAUGGUAUGCUAAAAUGCAAAUUCGAGGAACUGUUACCGUCUCGUUCGAAAUUGGACAUCAUCAUGGACGACAUAGCCGAAAAGAUCGAGAAAGUCAGAAGAUCAGCUAGACAUCGUGAACUUAUGAUGGCCAAGUAUAGACCGUUGUUGCGUGUCUGGAAAAUGUCAGGAACUAGAUGUCGUCCACGAUAAUUUCAAUUUAUUCUUUCUUUAGCAUAACGAAUGUUAUUAAGAUUAUCCAUUUUAUUGAAAAUUAAUAAAUCCUCCCCGUAUUUUGAAUAAUUUAACAAUUUACAUAUCUAAUAAAGAGUAAAUUUUGCGAUGCGUAUACGAGAUUUUAUAACAGCUAUAAUUACCAAUUAAUAAAUUCACAUAAUUAUGCAAUGUUCACCCGAAUUUCAUAUAAACACUGUUUCAACGCGGUUUAAAUGCAUUUUGUAUCUGAAUUUUACAUGAUAAUUCUUGUACAUUCAUUUUUCCCCUUCCGCGUGCGUUAAUCUCCGAUGCUUGAAAAUUUGUUAAAAAUACAUAAUUUUAAAGGCGGCCUUCCCUUCUUCUCUUUCUUUUAAUAAAAAUAUACAUUGAAAUAAUAAUUAUCUGCCCAUUACUGCUUGCUUCGUUAAUAAAAAUAAAAAACCCAAAUCAUACGUUUUUUCCUUGAUUAAGCUGAAUGAUAUUUUCAAUUUUAUAUUGUUUAUUAAUUAUUACUUUUCAUUUUCCUCUCUCCUACGAACUCUUUCCUGCAGCAACUCCUAAUCAUUAUUAUUAUUAUUAAUUAUUAUUAAAGAUUUUCAUUUGUUACACGUCGACUGUAGUUGUUUAUUCAAAUUUAUAUUUUCGUGAACGCAAUUAAGAGAUAUAGAAACUAGAUAUUUGUUUCACCUACCGAAUAUUAUGAUAUGUAGUUUCCUUUGAAUAAUUUGUAUAUUUUUGCAUAUAAUAUGCACUCUGCAGAUAUUUGCAUCCGGAAAUUUUCCAUAAAUGAAUAAAUUAAGUCGUACGAGCAACUAUAACGCAUCGAAUCAGUGUGCACCACGUACAAGAAAAUACCAAGGAUGUGCCGAAAAACUUCCACUAAGCCGACACAAUCCUAUAAAAACGUGGCGCGGUGCUUCUAUGGCAAAAAUCAACGAAUUAAAAUACGAUUUAUUACGACAUUUAUUUUAUUCGUCAGAAUUAGCUGUCUCUGACUUGCAUUUAUUCCCACGGUUGAACAAAUUUCUUGUUGAAAAGAAAUCCGAGAGAAAGCAGUUAUAGAAUGCUUCCCGAAUCAUCAUAAACUUGAUAAUAAGUGGAGUUUUCUGAAAACGUAAAACGAUUAAAGAAACGGAGAACAUCGAGAGAUAGAAACAACUUGAGAACGAUACAAGCUGUAUUGUAUCUCGAGCACUUUUCCAAUGAUUUUCACGUAUUUUCCACGAUUGGGAAAUAAUUAAUCCAUUAAGGACCGAUGUUGCAUUUUCGUCUAUUUUUAACGUCGUCCGAUUAUGAAAGAAAAAUUAAGCAAUAUAUUUUCCGUAAUCGUACGUUCCCCGAUCUUCUUUCAAACCGAAAUCUUACAAUUUUAUGAAAUGAAAGAAAAUUGAAAUAUCUGCAGUAGUCCUCUGUCUUUGAUUCGUGCAUCAAAGUUGCGAAAGGUGUCUGUUAUUCCGAUACUUUCGUCAUACCGUGACACGAUGAUACGUACGGUAUACGUUACGUUAUUUGCAU